UAUACAAGUACUUUGUGAAUUUAACACCGUGUGUGCAACGCGUGUGACACUCUUACGCCCGUGAGAAGCAUAUUUUCACCUCCAUUUUUCAAGGAAGAGGUGAAACUAAAUUAAAUUUUCUCUCGGUGUUAACAAUCUGACUUAGGAAUGUGAAGAGAAACACUUAAACUGGAUGUAACAGUGCAAAAUAAAGCAGAGGGAAAAGGCCAAAAAAGGAAUUUGUGUGCAAUUCGAUAAAAAGAAUAUAGAAAAGAGAGACUUUGAGCGCGAGAUAUCAAAAGUGUGUUCAUUAAAUUGAAUUGAUAGACUUUGGGAAAAGUCACAUAAAACGAGAGUGAAAAUUCUUUUGCCGAAAAUACAAGACUCAAGGGUUCGAAGCCCCAAAUGAGGUAGAAGUGAUGUUAAUAAUGAAAUGGAGUUUGAAAUGUUCACGGGUCCUGGACCAGGAGAUGAUAAUAUUUCAGCCCCAUCCUCGCUUUCCCCGGCCGGCGCGCUAUCAUCAAAAGAUCUACCAUCCACAUUACAAACACAGAACAUUGUUGAGUUGGUCAGUUGUGAAUCACGAGGUCUAGAUUGGCCAACAUUAUGGGGACCGGAAAUAUCUUGCUAUCUCAAUCGACCCACCCACAACACAACUCACCACCUGCCAUAUCAACCGCCCGAGAUUGCCAGUUCCGAUUCAAGCCGAGUGGCAUUUGACAACCCCAACAAUCACACCAACUUCAUCUACAGUAUCACAUCAUCAUUGUGGGAGAGUGCAAACAAUACGGCGGAAUCAGUCCUCGAUUCAAUACCAUUCACGUGCGAACUGGACACAGUCAAUAAACUGGACACAGCAGCAACAGAAGCUAUUUACCAAUGCAAGAGCGACUUCAGCCAGAACCUCACUCAAUUUGUGAGCGAAAGCAUACAAAACAUCAUCGACACUUGCAUCCACAACACAUCAAUAGCCGUCAACAGUGUUGUCAAUCCAGUGUCUGAAUUAAAAGUGCUGCUGCCGCAACUAUUGACAAAUGCCACAAGUGGAAUGGUCAAUGAAUGUGUUAAUAGUGUUAACCAAAUACUGAAUUGUAGUAAUUUAAAUGUGAAUAAUUCACUUUUUGAAAAUGAACCCUUUGAUCUCUCCAACUACACUUCAGUGCUCCUCAAGCCUAUCCAAUGCUAUUUAAGCUUAACCAUUACACAGUCAACACCAAAUGGUAACAUCCAAUAUUUUGACUCGAGCGACUUCGCCACAUUGCCCACAGGCAUCCCACCAACGCCGCACCUCGGCGCGUUCGACCGAAAUUAUGACUGGAGUUUUCUGUUUGUGAUCAUCUUCAUUUUUGCCGGCGGUUUGGGCAACAUCCUCGUGUGUCUGGCCGUGGCGUUGGACAGAAAAUUACAAAAUGUCACCAAUUACUUUCUGCUCUCCCUGGCCAUCGCCGACCUACUAGUCAGUCUCUUUGUUAUGCCACUGGGAGCAAUACCUGGAUUUCUCGGUUAUUGGCCAUUUGGUGUGACAUGGUGCAACAUCUAUGUCACAUGUGAUGUUCUUGCGUGUUCUGCUAGUAUUCUGCAUAUGUGCUUCAUAAGUCUUGGCCGAUAUUUGGGCAUCAGAAAUCCAUUAGGCACCCGCCACAGGUCCACAAAGCGAUUGGCCUGCAUCAAAAUCGCAUUAGUUUGGGUCAUGGCGAUGCUCGUCUCGAGCUCUAUUACAGUAUUAGGAAUAGUGAACGAAUCGAAUAUUAUGCCACAACCUCGCGUCUGUGUCAUUAAUAACAGAGCUUUCUUUGUCUUCGGCUCCCUGGUGGCUUUCUAUAUUCCUAUGCUCAUGAUGGUCACAACAUAUGCCCUCACAGUUCAAUUACUGCGAAGGAAGGCUCGUUUUGCCGCUGAACACCCGGAAAGUGAAAUUUUCAGAAGACUCGGUGGACGCUUCUCCAACAAAUCACAAUCAAAUCAACAAAUAGCUGCCACAGAUACAAGUCAACAGCAUCAUCCAAUGUCGGUAAUUGGAAAGAUUAAAACAUCAUCAACACAUAAUUCAAAUACGCCAAAUUGUAUAGGAAAAAAUUUAAUAACACACUCACAUUCCCAACAAACAUUAUCUUGGAGGACAUCGGACAACCUCAUAUCAACUGGCGAUAAUAGUAUUAGCACAUCGCAUCCACAUCUGGGAUUCAGCAAUGGUGGCUCUAAAAGCACCACUGUGAGAUCAACAAGGAGCGGAAUGUGUGAUCAGAGCACUCAAACCCCAUCAAAUAUAGCACGAGAGACGAGACGAGGCAGGUUGCGGUCGUUAAAAUUGCAAUUCAAUAACGUGACUCCUGCAGCAAUUAAUUGGAAUCUGAGGUUAUUCGGCAGUCGCAAUAAAAGAAAUGACUUGUCUGCCAAUGCUGUCGCUAAUGAACAGAAAGCCACAAAGGUCCUUGGCGUUGUGUUUUUCACAUUCGUGCUCUGUUGGUCCCCCUUCUUUAUCCUCAACAUCAUCUUCGCCGCCUGGCCAAAUUGUCACGUACCUGAAAAUGUUGUUGACACUUGCCUGUGGUUAGGAUAUGUGUCUUCAACUAUUAAUCCCAUCAUCUACACAAUUUUCAAUAGAACGUUUCGAGCGGCAUUUAUACGUCUACUGCGCUGUAACUGUCAGAGAUCCGGACGACCACCUCGCUACAGAUCAGUGAUGGAGAGCAGGGGCGCUGCAAGUUUGUGUGCACCAUCCACUCUGCCUCUGGCUAUUUCAUUACAAGGAGCGCCACUGCUGACACCGUCAACUCACGGCGCAACACCGCUGAGUGAUUUUCGAGGCAGUUACACCAUUACGGACGACGAGUGUUAAAAGCAAUUGAUAGUCAUGAGAGUUGCACCGCUAAAUGCACGCGACUUCCUCAUCACUACCUUCAUAUUAUACUCGUUAGAGUCAAGCAAGAACUGAUACUUUUUCCCUAAAAUCCCCACUAUAAUAUCUAACUUUAUUUUAAUUAACAAUACUUGGACUUGUACGUCUGCAUUUAUUUUAAUAAGAACAUAAAAAAUUUCAAUCAAGAGAAAGAAGGACAAUGAGUUUUAUAAAGUUGAAUUUUUGCAUUUAAAGCAUUUCUUUUCCUCCUCAGCACCACUUGAAAACUUCCAUUGAAAUUGAUUUUGAGUAAACCGUUCAAAUGAUCUUUUAAUUUGAAUUAAUAAUUGUAAGAAUAAAUUGUUCUUAGAAGAAAUUAAGUAGAUUAAAAAAUGUAGUGAUAUUAAGUGAAAUAUGUGUAUAGAAGUUAUGGCAUUAAAUAUAAUAUUGAAUGA